GCUCUGGCUGCCUAAAGGGAGCUGGAAUUGUUCAAAGCUGCCAUCUUCUGCUCCCAAAGAGCUACAGUAGCUUUCUGGAAAGAUCGGGUUAAAUAUUUGUCCAGACCGUUGUAGGAUGAUAAGGCGGUAAGAAGUUGUGCAGUGCAACGCGCAGGGUUCCAGACCUCACCAGCCUCUCUCUGUGCUAUGUCCAUACAGUGAAGAAGAUUCUCUCAGCUGUAAAGAUGAAGAGCCUGCUGCUUCUGGUGCUAAUCUCCAUCUGCUGGGCUGACCAGCCCUUGGACAGCUACACUCGGAAUCCUGACAGAGUCAUUCACAUCCAAGAAAAUGGCCCCCAUCUACUCGUGCAAGCAGAACAAGCCAAAGUCUUCUCCCACAGGGGCAGCAAUGUCACACUGCCAUGCAAAUUUUAUCGAAACCCCGCAGCAUUUGGCUCGGGACUCCACAAGAUCCGAAUUAAGUGGACCAAGCUAACUUCAGAUUACCUCAAGGAAGUGGAUGUUUUUGUUUCCAUGGGCUACCAUAAGAAAACCUAUGGAGGCUACCAGGGGAGAGUGUUCCUGAAGGGAGGCAGUGACAAUGAUGCCUCUCUGGUCAUCAUGGACCUCACCCUGGAGGAUUAUGGGAGGUACAAGUGUGAGGUGAUUGAAGGCUUGGAAGAUGACACUGCUGUGGUCUCACUAGACUUGCAAGGUGUGGUCUUCCCUUACUUCCCAAGACUGGGGCGCUACAACCUGAACUUCCACGAGGCGAGGCAGGCCUGCCUGGCCCAGGACGCCGUGAUAGCCUCUUUUGACCAGCUCUACGAGGCCUGGCGCGGCGGGCUGGACUGGUGCAACGCAGGCUGGCUGAGCGACGGCUCGGUGCAAUACCCCAUCACCAGGCCCCGCGAGCCCUGCGGGGGCCAGAACACUGUACCCGGCGUCCGCAACUACGGCUUCUGGGACAAGAACAAGAGCAGAUACGAUGUGUUCUGCUUCACCUCCAACUUCAAUGGCCGGUUUUACUACCUGAUCCACCCCACCAAGCUCACCUACGACGAAGCGGUGCAAGCCUGUGUCAACGACGGUGCUCAGAUCGCCAAGGUGGGCCAGAUCUUCGCGGCCUGGAAGCUCCUGGGCUAUGACCGCUGCGACGCCGGCUGGCUGGCCGAUGGCAGCGUGCGCUACCCUAUCUCCCGGCCCCGGCGGCGCUGCAGCCCCACAGAGGCCGCUGUGCGCCUCGUGGGCUUCCCGGAUAAGAAGCACAAGCUGUUCGGCGUCUACUGCUUCCGGGCCUACGACUGAGGCCUGGCCACCCAGGCACUGAACAUGUGAGGGGUGUUGCUUUGUGUUUUUCAAUAUGAACUCAUGCAAGUUACCAAAACUGUGACAACCCUUUUUUUACUGUAAAGAGUCAUUUUCAUACAGACCGAUUCAUUAGUUUGUCCUUUGUAAAGCUAGCCCUCCAUAUCUAUGACAAAUUAAUAUAAUUUAAGGGAAGCCCGGCGUCGGGAGGCUUCAGGGCCAGGCCGGGUCCCCCCUGGUUUCCUCUCACGAAUCCUCAGCUCAGUUCAGACUCCCAGGACCCACAGGGACUCGACUUCUCAGAGAAACAGCUUCCGUGAGCACAGAUUUUACGCGUUUGUACAAUUCUGAUGAGCAAAGUACAGCAACCGAUCUAUAGUGCGGGCUGUUCUGUGCAAACGGCUCCAAGGGGCUGCACAGAACUCACUUUCAGGAGGGAGCAGCCCACAGCGUUCUCGAGGCCACUACUUGGUCUCCAGCAACGAAAAACCCACAUGGGCUCACGUACACAGUAAUGAGCGCAGGACACCCUCCUUCGUAACCCCAUUUACACGAGGCUUAGAUGAGCAGUAAUCCUUAACUCCAGCCUUCUUCUGAUCAAAAUUACCCAAGUGUCUGAGAGGAACCAUUUUACCUUUUGAGUAGAAUUACUGAGUUCUAUUUAAAUUCUAUGAGCCCUUUGCUAGGCUGCAUUUCGCAUCCACGCAGGGCAGUUAUAUAGAUAAACUGCUGGACAGAAAAAUUGUAAAAUUUAGCAGCUUGAUUUUAUGUUAGCCUAUGAAACGUUAUUGUCCUAUAAAGAUAACUUUGAGCUAUUUAAUAUCUGUCUUUAUUUACAUGACAUGAAAGAAUGAAUACCCAUACUCUCGCCUAACCAAUGAAUAAAGACCCAACCUUUGAAAUUCUUACUGCUAUUUGUACAUACACUAGGAAGCCCAAAUGGUACCUGUGUUUGGGGACAAAGUCAGCAACGUGGUCCUGAAGCUUCCCAGAAUUCGCAGACAUACUCAGUGUCUUGGGCCAUGCUGGUCAUCAUCAGGCGUGAAUGAAAUGUUGACACUAUCAUAAAAGAGUUUACACUAAAAUCUUCAGGGCUUUAAAGGAAAUCCAAGUCCAGCUCCAGAAAAACAACUUCUCAUUUAGCAGCUCCAAUCUCAAAUAAAUCUCUCUUUUCCUAUAUUUUUAUGACUGUUGAGAUCCCACAGGGACCAAUAUUUGUAUUCAAAUUACAUUUCAUGGUUUCCCAUUGUUUCACAGUGAUUUCUAAUAAAUGGGACUUAUUAUA